GGCUUUUUUUAAAAGAUAUAAAUUAAGCUAGUUAAGGGGAGUUUCUAGAAAGCAAUGCAGAAAAUAAAAUAUAUUGCGAGUAGAGCUGCGUCGGGAGGAUUUAGCGAUAAAACUGUGCAUACCUAUUCCUAUUUUUGAUUUUUCCAGUCCUUUUGAUGAAAGAAUUUGGUGAACUGUCGUCUUCAAAAGGUAGUUAGAAAGCGCUCUGCAGUAAAGCCUUCUAGUAUUAACUGUAAAUCAGGUUUCAGGGGUCUUUGGCUUGUUUUAAGGAAUCUAUUUUCUGAUUAAAGAAAGAAACAAAAUGCAAAGAUAUUCUUAAUCGUUGAGCUACAUUUAUCCUUCUGAGACAGAAGUAUUCCGUGGUAAAGUAUUUUGGUCCGUGGCAGUACGUGAAUUUAGCUUGCGUGAACUCAGAAUAUCUUCCAGCUUAUCCGCCGCUUGUUUCCCUGAGAUGGAAUUCUAGCAGCCUGAAGGCUUGAGGGGCUGUUCAGCUGCUGCUGAGAGCCCUGGAGGUACCUUCAUCUGGCAUGUCCUGGCCGUGCUGCUUCCCAGCACCUCUUUCUGUAACAAGAGUCACUUUGCCCUGUCUGACCAGCCCUGCUCCCUUUGCUUGCUGGGAGCUUGCCAGGUGCGAGUAGGCUUGUCUUCUGUGGCAGAAGACAUUGUGGGAAAAUGGGCUUGACCGCAAGACAGUCUGAUAUAAUUUCCACAUGUAUUUUUCAAAAAGGUAAAUAUCAAAAACUUUCAGACGGGGAAAAAAAAUCCAGACCUGCUGUUGUUUAAAACAAACAUACAGAGCUUCUCAUGUGAGAUCACUGUGUGUAAUGUAGUAACUGGAAUUCCUUUCAGAGGUGAUGUGACUCAAUUAACAAUAAAAGUGCUCAGCACUGGCAUGAUGUAAUAGCUGUACAGCUGUGACUGUGCAGUUUUUCUUAAUAGGACUGUAAGGUAGGGUAAGGAUUGGAGCUCAGUUUUGUGUUUUCCUUUCUAAAAAUCAAUUAGUGAUUAAUGGGAGAUAAGAAGGAAAAUAAUACACAGUGAAUGCGCAUACCGUGAGAAACAAGUUCUGGUGAUUACUGCACUGAAUUUAAUUUGGUUUCUUUGACAUUAUUUAAAGAUGACCGUUUAGGAAUUCCACCUGGAUGACUUGCAAUAGAUAAGGAGUAUAGUAGCUUUCCCCUGAAAUAAACACCUCAGCUUAAGUACCAGACUCUUACAGAAGAUGCAAGAAAAGCUGUAUGAUGGUACAUAUACAGUAACUGGUGAAUAGUAUUUACUUUUUCUCUUUUUUAAUUCCCUCUUUCCAUUAAGUACAUGAUGGAGAAUGAAAAUGAUGACCAAGUGACCUUUAAGUGUGGUAUCAAGUUCCUAGUACUGGUGUGAAGAUGCACGGGUAUCUUGCUAAGAGAGAAGAUGUACAAGGGGAGUGGGAUAGGCACUGACCUGAUUUCAGUGGGGGAAUUUUUACUGAUUUACUUAUUUUUUGAAAUAAAUGGCAUUUUAGGUUCCUCUUCCCCAAAAGCAGUGGAUUCAGGAUCAAAAAAGUAAAUGGAUGUCUAAAAUGGGAAUGAGAGAUGGUUGAACGCUCCUUUGGGCUGAAACAUGAGUCAGCUUAGGCUGUGCAUCCAUGCUGCAGGUGGCUUGGCGAAGAUGGCUGCAGCGGAACACAUGAGAUAGGUGAAACUGAGGAAAAAGAGGGCUUUGUUAGGUAUCUCUAAUGAAGAGUUUAGACCAGAAACGUCUGCAGUUCUUGAUGUGUGAUCUUUGAGGGUCACAGUAAGUCAGGAAACCUCAAAGCUGGCAGGAGUAAGGAAACAUGAAAAGUUUCAUGCAAUGUUUUACAGUCCAUUUCCAUUAUCUUAAUGGUGGUAGCAUUGCAAUGAGUGCAGCUUGCUGAUCUUCACCUUACCUGUGUGGAGAAAUUUCCUAUGGAGAGGCUCCUGUUACCACUAUGCUGGUGGGAGAUGGGAAGAAAUAAUGUUCCACAGAUAAUGUGAAAUGGCUGAGAGAUUCCACAAAAUCCAGCAUAUGUCAACUUGAAAUUUCAUUAGUGAACCACCUUAUUUCUCAACUUGAGGCUUCUGUGUUAGACUUUUAAAUGCAGAAGAAGUGCUGGUAACUCAUCCUUUUAUUCUGCCACUCCUGUGGUUAAAAAAUGUAUUUUAUUGAGAGGGAUUUUUUUUUCGGGUUGAACCUGAACGAAACAAGCCACCCUGAAAACUGCAAGCCUACACACCUUCUCUCUUUACUUUUUUAGCAAUUCUUUAUUCAAAAUAAGCAAAUAUUUAAAACAAAAAAUAAAAAUUCUUUAUAAACAGCUAUUUUUUGGCACAUGUUUAUUGGAUUGUUAAAGAGAGAUUUGGUACUUUACCAUGUUUGAGUGUUCCACCACAACUCUCUGGAUUAUGGAUACAUACAUUUCUAUUUCUUUUCUUUUUCUCCCUAUUCCUUUUCAUUAUUUUCUGGCUUUUGCUGUGCUUUUUCUUGUCUUCUUGUCUUUUCACCUUAACCUGCAGCAUUUGCAUAUUAGUGCUUACUGAAAUACUUAAUGUUGCAUUUAGAGUGAAAUAAAUUAAGACCUUGCGAUUCAAGACAGUUUGGCUCUGUAGCUGGCUGCACUUGUAAAGCAGUUCAGUACACUUUAAUAUGUAGAUACUGUUGGCACUGGCAGUCUCUUUAUCAUCUGUCUGACAGCUGGUCAAUGCUGCAAGCGAAACGACACUUGACUACUUGAAUAACAGUUCAAGAAUGUAAUGUUUUCUCCCCUAGUUUUCUCCCCUGCAACCUGUUUGGAAUAUCCUGACACUUAGAAUUUGUCAAAUCGUCUGCUUUGUGGUGGACGCAGCUGUUCUCCUAUAACUAUCCAUUUUCUUUAAAGGAAGUCAAGACAGUUUACACUUGAAGGGUGCUUGGACAAAUCUAGGACACCUGUUAACUUGAGUCAAGCUGGAGUUCUUGUGAAAAGCCAAGCAUUCGCUUCCUGGUUGUUGGGGAAAGAUUCUGCUUUCAGGUUAUCUGAGAUGGUGAUUUGACAAAUCAAAUUUUCCGAUAUGAGCAAAGUAAAGACAUCAUCUGAGAAAAGUGUUUCUACCAGUUCUCGGACUAUGUCUCUGCUGUCACAGCUGGAGAAGAUCAAUUCAGACUCCUUAUUAGCAGAAGCAGACAAUGCCAGAUAUGUUACUUCAAAGAUCCUUCAUCUGGUUCAGAGUCAAGAAAAAACUAGGAAAGAGAUGACUUCUAAGGGUUCCACCGGAAUAGAAGUUAUCCUUUCAACCCUAGAGAAUACAAGAGAUCCUCAAAUUACUUUAAAUAUAUUGAAUAUUCUCAUUGAGUUAGCCUCAAUUGAAAUAUCAGUUUAUAAAUAUCCACCAAAUGAGGAGUUAAUGGUGCUUCUUCACACCCUUCUUGCAAAAAUUGGUCCAAAAGAUAAAAAGAUUGGCAUGAAAGCUAGAAUUAAUGGUGCUCUAAACAUAUCAUUGAAUUUGGUGAAGCAGAACUUGCAGAACCACAGGCUAAUACUGCCAUGUCUUCAAGUAUUAAGAGUUCACUCAUCCAACUCUGUAAAUGCAGUAUCCUUGGGAAAAAAUGGAGUAGUAGAACUGAUGUUUAAGAUCAUUGGCCCUUUCAGCAAAAAGAGCACUAGUCUUAUGAAGGUUGCUUUAGACACACUUGCUGCAUUGCUAAAAUCAAAGACAAAUGCCAGGAGAGCAGUAGACAGAGGAUAUGUACAUGUGCUUUUAACGAUUUAUGUAGAUUGGCACCAUCAUGAUAGUCAACACAGAUAUAUGCUGAUACGUAAAGGCAUUUUACAAUGCAUUAAAAGUGUUACAAACAUCAAAUUAGGAAGAAAAACAUUCAUUGAUGCCAAUGGGAUGAAAAUUCUUUACAGUACUUCACAAGAGUGCCUUGCAGUAAGAACUCUUGAUCCCCUCAUCAACACAUCCAGCCUAAUAAUGAGAAAAUGUUUUCCUAAAAAUCGCCUUCCUUUACCUACUAUUAAAAGUGCUUUCCAUUUCCAACUCCCAGUUAUUCCUGUUAAUGGUCCUGUGGCUCAGCUGUACAGUUUGCCUCCCGAAGUGGAUGAUGUGGUGGAUGAAAGCGAUGACAAUGAUGCUGAAGCAGAAUCAGAAAUUGAAACUGAAAAUGAAGAUAAGGACCAACAUUUUAAGAAUGAUGAUAUUGAGACUGAUAUUAAUAAACUGAAACCUAGGCAGGAAUUGGGGCGACCCAUAGAAGAACUGAAAAUGUAUGAGCAAUUUUUCCCAGAACUUACCUGAAAGUUUUCCGAAAAGUCUGAAUGUGACUUAGUCUCCAAGGAGCCAAAGCCUUUUCCAUCUGAGGCAAAUCUGAGUGGGCCUAUUGUUGUUCCUACAGCAGGAGAAGAGCACUCUGCAGAAGCAAACCCAUCAGUAAAAGAAAUUUCUCUGAAGGAGAGCAAUUUUUUAUUGACAGAGAAAUACAAUAUAAGGCCAGCCUUUCUGGGACUGCUAAAGAAAGAUAGUAACAAAGACAGUAGUUUACAUCAGCAAAAUGAUCAAAGGGAGCUGCUGCCAUCAUGCCAGUGUCUAAGCCAAGAAAUUGUGAAAGGCUUGGACAGAAUCACUCUGCAGAACAGUGCAAAAAAUGAACAGUAUUAUGGUGCAGGGUGUGUAAUGAAAAAGGAAAGCAAAACUAGCCUUACCACGCUUGCUUGUAAUAAGCCUAGUGAACAUGUUUCACCCUGCGGAAGUAGCCUCUUUGAGGGAUCAUUUGUCCAGCUGGGAAAGCUAUGCUGCACUGGAGUGGAUUCUGAGGAAGAUGAUGAUUCCAGCUCGAUUUCAUCAGAGGAACAAGUGAUGCUUGAAGUUUCUGAUAUAUCCCCAGUUCAUGACUCUGAUCUUUAUAUUGAAAUGGUAAAAAACACAAAAUCUAUCCCUGAAUAUUCAGAAGUGGCCUAUCAAGAUUAUUUUGCCCAUAUUCCGCCCCCAUUUAAGGUGCCUAUUCUGGAAAGGCCUUACAGGGUGCAGAGGACAAAAAUCUCUCAAGAUAUUGAAAGACUGAUUCAUCAAGAUGACAUUAUAGAUCGAGUUGUAUAUGACCUUGAUAAUUCCAGAUCUUCAGUAGCUGAGGAAGCAGAUGUUUUGAAGUUUAAUUCCAAAUUUGAAUCUGGAAACCUGCGCAAAGUUAUUCAGAUCAGAAAAAACGAGUAUGAUCUAAUUCUGAACUCAGAUAUAAAUAGCAAUCAUUAUCAUCAGUGGUUUUACUUUGAAGUCAGUGGAAUGAAAACUGGUGUUGGUUAUCGGUUUAACAUCAUCAACUAUGAAAAGUCAAACAGUCAGUUUAACUACGGUAUGCAACCCCUCAUGUAUUCUGUUCAGGAAGCGUUAAAUUCUAGACCUGUUGGGACAGAUAUUUGUUACUACAAGAAUCAUUUUUCAAGAAGUUCGAUUGCUGCUGGGGGGCAAAAAGGAAAAUCUUAUUACACAAUUACAUUCACGGUGACUUUCCAACAUAAGGACGAUGUCUGCUACUUUGCUUACCGUUAUCCAUAUACAUACUCAACCUUAAAGAUGCAUCUACAGAAAUUGGAAUCCAUGCAUAACACUCAACAGAUAUAUUUUCGGCAAGAUGCUCUCUGUGAGACCCUGGCUGGCAACAGUUGUCCGUUAGUCACUAUUACAGCCAUGCCAGAGUCAAAUACCUACGAACAUACCUGUCAGUUCAGUAACAGUCCUUAUAAAAAAUAUUCUGGCGAGUUCUAUCAAGAAUGCUGCAUUUAUGUGAAUGCACUGACCCCCCCCCCCUGGGUUAUGAAGGGAACGCUGGACUAUCUUAUGAGCAAUAAUCCAAGUGCCCAAAGUUUACGAGAAUCUUAUAUUUUCAAAAUUAUUCCCAUGCUCAAUCCAGAUGGUGUCAUCAAUGGAAACCACCGUUGCUCUUUAAGUGGAGAGGAUUUAAACAGACAGUGGCAAAAUCCAAAUCCAAAUCUGCAUCCCACAAUUUACCAUGCCAAAGGCUUACUGCAAUAUCUGGCUUCUAUAAAACAUUUACCGCUGAUGAGUAUGUAUGUCUACUGUGAUUAUCAUGGUCAUUCUCGUAAAAAGAAUGUAUUUAUGUAUGGCUGCAGCAUCAAAGAGACAAUGUGGCACACUAAUGUUAGUGCUACCUCUUGUGACCUGAUUGAAGACCCUGGUUACAGGGCACUCCCUAAGAUCCUCAGUCAGACUGCCCCAGCAUUCUGUAUGGGCAGCUGCAGCUUUGUGGUGGAAAAGUCCAAGUAAUCAACAGCACGAGUUGUUGUCUGGAGAGAGAUAGGAGUACAAAGGAGCUACACAAUGGAAAGCACGUUAUGUGGAUGUGACCAGGGCAAAUAUAAGGGGUUGCAGAUAGGGACAAGAGAACUGGAGGAGAUGGGAGCCAAGUUCUGUGUUGGUUUACUGCGUUUAAAAAGACUGGCCUCACCUUUGGAAUGCAAUCUGCCUUCUAGUCUGUUGGAUGUUAAAAAUGAGCUGAUUGAGUCAAGCUGUAAAGUGACAAGCCCCACUACAUAUGUUUUGGAUGAAGAUGAGCCUCGCUUCCUUGAAGAAGUUGAUUACAGCGCAGAGAGUAAUGAUGACCAAGACAUUGAAUUAGCUGACAGUGCAGGUGAUUAUGAGGCCACUAAUCAAGAAGAUGGACUUUCAGACUCAGAAUCAACAAGAAUACUCCUUUCUUGAAGCAUCUUUUCAGCCAAUAAUAAGAAAUUAAGUACCUUGGAUUUUCAGAGUCAUACUUCCUCACUCUUGUCUAUCAGGAGAAUUGGCUUAAGGAGAUGCACGUAACUGGGGCCUGGCUAGUUCAGGGACAAUAAAUAUUUCUGAUCUAUGAUAAAUUGGCAUUUGUUUUAUUUAAGGAAUUCUGCUCUUUCACUUAGCACUGAAUAAACAAAUUUCUUUACCAGUUCAUUUUCUACUAAACAGCAUUGCAUGGCAUUUUGUGUCCUUAAACUCUAUCAUCAACAAACUGAUUAUAAUUUGUGGUGUGUCAGAGUGCAAAAGCUAAUUCUUUGUGGUACAGUUCUUUGAGUUGCUUCCUGGAAAAUACAUAUGUACAGAUUUUUUAAUUAGUGUGUGUGUA